GCAAACCCGUCGCAAACUCCGCACCUCACCGCGCCUGCCCCCGGAGCGCCUGCCGUGAAGCGCGGCGGGCAAGAUGGCGGCGCCGUGGGCCCUUGGCGCGGGUGGUGCCUGGGUGCGCCGUCUCCUCGGCUGGGCGCGGCCGGAGAGGUGGCUAGCAUCCAGUAGCCUUUUUCCUCUGUCAUGCAUCCACACAAGCACAUCUCUGCAGAAAAUUGGGAAGUGGGAGAAAAAGAACAGGAUUGUUUACCCUCCGCAGCUGCCUGGGGAACCUCGGAGACCAGCUGAAAUAUAUCACUGUCGGAGGGAAAUAAAAUAUAGCAAAGAUAAGAUGUGGUAUCUGGCAAAACUGAUAAAAGGAAUGUCCAUUGAUCAGGCUCUUGCUCAGCUGGAAUUUAGUGAUAAAAAGGGAGCAAAGGUGAUCAAAGAGGUCCUGUUAGAAGCGCAGGAAAUGGCAGUAAGAAAUCACAAUGUGGAAUUCAAAUCAAAUUUACAUAUAGCUGAGUCAACAGCAGGCAAAGGCCGCUAUAUGAAGCGGAUUCGUUACCAUGGCAAAGGCAUGUUUGGCAUCAUGAAAAUCGUCAGGUGCCAUUACUUUGUGAAGUUGGUGGAAGGUCCUCCUCCUCCUCCAGAGCCACCAAAGACUGGUUUUGACCAAGCAAAAGAAUAUGUGCAGCAGCUGCGAAGCAGAACCCUUAUUCAUACACUGUGACAAACUUUUGUGACUGUAUAGGUAUGGGAAAAUCUUGGAAAAGCAGCAAGAGAUGUUACUUUUUCUGAGUUACAUGGACCACGGCAUUCAAGCUCUAACCUGGACUAUACAAUCUAGAAUAUCCGGUGCUGUUAUAAAGCUUGUAAGGAGCUGUGGUUGUCCUCACAUAAGACAGUUGCAUGAAUUUAAGGUUGGGUCUUUUAUUGUAAAAAAUGCGUGCUUGAUAUUCACGUUGCAAGAUCAAGACCUGGAUUAAAAUUACUAAAAUUUGACAACUUAAAGUAGUUACAGUGUUGGAAGAAAACAAGUAACAAUAAUAGCUGAGAUUAUCAGGCAUCGAUUUAUAGUUUCUUGAUCUGGGCUUUAGUGCUCUUUCUGUACAGUUGCUGUUGUGCAUCUUCAGCAUUGUGUGUGGGAGUGGGGAGUAAGUCAUUUAAAUAUCAGGUUUUGACGGAGUCAGUAGGUGGCAAUGUUUAGUUUGUCAAGAGAAGGAAGUGGUGGUGAAAACUUAAAACACGAUGAAACUGUUCUUGAUUCUGACCAUGGCAUUAAUAGUCUGAUAUGUGCAUGGAGUUCAGGUUGUUCUCUGGAAACUCAGUAUGGGUAACAGGCACAAUAUGGAAAAAAGCUUGUCUUGGUGAAGAGUGAACUAAUUAUUCUACACGGUCUGGAAACAAAUUGCUUUUGUAGUGUUGAGGCAAGUAAAAUGCUCCUUGGAUUUAA